CCUGGAUGUCUAACCUUCACUGACGGUAGGAAUUUUGUUAAGCAGGAAAGUUUGCCUAUCUUGCUUUCUAUCCGAAGACGCUCCAAGGAGGCAAGACCAUGUCUCAAGGCAGUCGACCGGCACUCGUGGUGUCCUUCACCGAGAAGGAAGGAGCCAAGACGGUGUCUCAAGACGCCGUCAAGACGUUUGGCCCGAGUCUUACGCUCGCCAGAGUCGCCGAGAAGGCGGCAUCGCUGGGGGCAAAGGUGACUGACCGACGGGUCAUCCGUACGGCCGCUCUGGUGCUCGCCAUGUUCUCUAUGGGUUUGUAUUUCCGAAUCGUGGACCCAACACUGAUCGACCUGAAGGACCGGCUCGGGGUCGGUUACGAGGAAAUCUCGCGAGUUCUCGCGGGACACACCGUGGGCUACUUCCUCUCCGCCGUCGCGGGGGGUCUCUUCAUGGACCUCCUGCCCCAGUACGCGUUCCUGGUGCUGGGGUCGUCUUUUUUCCUAGCGGGGGUAGGGACAUUAGGGACCCCCUACGCGACAAGUCUGUGGGGACUGGUCAUUCUGCAACACAUCGCAGGCUGGGGCCAUGGGUUCACGGAUACAGCCGUGACAGUCCUGUGUACCCAGCUAUGGGGGGACCGGGCGUCCGUACCUCUCCACGCCACCCAGGCAGGCUAUCCACUCGGCUCCUUCGCUAUCCAGCUGAUCGUCAUCCCCUUCGUGUCUCCUGACCGCACGGCGCUCAACAACAACACGGCCUCCCCUGCGCUCAGAAUGGACCACUCCGUCCCCCCUCCGUUCAGAGUGGACCAGGCGACACCCCCUCCGCUCACAGUGGACGAGGCCCGUCUGACGUCACACAUCCAGUGGCCGUACGCGGGCGUGGCCGCCGUCCAGUUCGCCAUGUUCGUUCUGUUCUUCUACUUCCAGUACUGUGGAGACUCCGGAUCCGGAAAACUCCGGAAGGUCCGGGAGACGCCGCAGUCCCUCUCCGCCUUCUUCUCCCCUGGACGGUUCCUGAAGGGUCGCGGCGGGAAAGCUGCGCUGCUGCUGUUCCUCCUGCUGCUGUUCUACAUCCUGGUGCAGGCACAGAUGAACAGCCUCACACAGUACAUGGUGUCUUACCUUGUGGAGAGCGGGAUGUACGGCAAGGCCGAGGCGAACGUCGUCUACUCCAGCUUCUGGGUCUGCAUCGCCGUCAUGCGCUGGCUGUCCACCGCAAUCGCCGCCUGGGUGCCUGUCUCCGUCAUGCUGUCGGUGGAAAUCGCGUGCCUGUGCGCCGCGUCCGUGGCCAUGGCCUUCUGGGGCGCCAAUAACCGACCGGCGUUCUGGGUCCUCACGUGCGUGUGCGGGCUGGUCGUGGCGCCCAUCGUGCCCGGCGGGAACGCCUGGGCCAAUCAGAACUUAGAGGCGUCCCCCGUCGUGUUUGCUCUGUGCCUGAUCGGCGCCGCUAUUGGAGGCACCGCGUCGAGCUCUGCAGCGGGCUACUUGUUCGAACACGUAGGCCCCCGCUCGACCUUGUACAUGUUUAUGGGUUGUUGCUGCGCGUUACUGUUAGUUUUUACAAUCAUGCAGCUUUCAGUGUCUCCUGUUUGGGAUAAAAUAUCUUCCAGAAAGGAAGAAGGUGAGAAAGCUACUGAGGUCGCGGCUGGCGUUACAGAAAACCUUUGUUCUCAGUCAAAUGCCUGUUGAACAAACAACAAGUCAGUUAGCAAGUUGUAAAUUUUGUAGUAGUUUGUAAAUUUUGAAGUUGUUUGUAAGUAAACCAUCAUGAUCAGCUUCAAUUUAAAAGACUGCUUUGAUGCACAGACUAUUAGAGAUAGAGAGAGAGAGGCUGAUAUAGAAGAUAACCUGUAUGUAAAAGAAUUUGUAAAUAUUGUAGUGUAAAGGCUGUGGACGUCGAAAUACACUUUAUCUCAAACUGUUCAUUCCAUAAUAAUGCUCGAAAUGAGUUGACUAUUCAAACCUCUACAAUUUAUCCCAAUUUCCCAAAACUUACAGACAAACAAAAAACAAUUCUA